AUGGAUGAAGAAGUAAAAUUGUAUGAGGUGACAGAAGGAGUGAUGUUGUAUGACAAUCAGAGUAUGACAAAAGUUAGAAGAGGAAGAAGCAGAAGAGAGAAAAAAAAUCCGGAACCGGAACGUGCCCUCCGUAACGGGCAACCGCAUCCUAGACGACUGAUUGACAGAAUGAAGUUUCGACAGUUACGCGAAGCUUGGAUACCGCGUUUGAACACGUUAGUUCAUGGACCUUGUGGCCAACGUCAGUACGUUAUGUUAAACAUGUUCAACAUGUUCAGAGCUUUCAUUCGAUAG